AGCAAGUGAGAGCAAACUGGAGGCAACAUGUUAUUUUCACUACGACUCGCCAUCGCUCCAGUAUCGGUUUGAAUCGUGCGGAUAAAUUCUCGGAAAGUCUGUUCCUAGUGAAAUCUCGUGUUUGCACGUUCCUUCCUCUUCCUUCUCUCUAUCUAUCUAUUGGUCUCGUAAUCAGUGGCAAUAGAAGCAGAUAUUAGUCUUCCGAUCUUGUGCCGCGACUGCGAAAACUGCAUUGUCGUCGUGGGAGGUUAAGUGAAUAAGCAGAAGAGGAAGAAGAAGAAGAAGAAAAGGAAACAAUAGGAUAAUUGUGGAUUGUACUGUCUAACGGCAGACUCGAGUCCAAGAAAGAAAUCUGCGCGAAAGAGAAAAGAAAAUAGUGUCGGUCUACCGACUCGGAAAUAUGGCGUGUCAACAGUUGUGGUUUACUCGUGGAUGUACCGUUCUUUGGAUGUUCUUCGUCGUUCUUUUGAUGCUUGACGUUCUCGCACCGAAAGGAUAUUGUCUGAUGAACGUGGAUUCAGAAUACUCCUACUACAGUUACGAUGCAUCCUCGAAGACCAGAAGAUCACCCGUGGACCUGCCGAAUCUUUCAUUGGCCAAGUCCUUCGCGAGGUCGUCCUUAUCUAGAAGACGACGUACCCCUGAAACUGAUCUGACGAUCAGCAGUAACAUGCAAAAGCAGGAGCAGCCCGUGAUCAACACGAAUCCCAAAGUGGCGUCGGUCAACGUGACGUAUUCGACCGAUGACGGUUCCAGUUCUCCAUCUACGAGCGCCUUUUCCACUGUGGUCACUACACCAGCUGCUCCACCAGUUGGUGCUGUUGAACAAACUAAACCUGGGAAGAAUGUGUCUUUCGUCGUUUCUCAACCAAUGAAUCCAGCUGUUGGAUUACCUCCUCGAGGUGUUAUCUGGCCGAACAGGACUAUGUCGAAAAACGUCACUGACCAACCUCAGGGCGAAUCCAGGACGCCGCAGUCUACGCCGGAUGAGAAUUCAGACAUUGACGACAUCUCCAUAGACAAGUUCUCGAUAAACAAAUUCGAGAUGAACAAGACCCUCACGCAGAAUAACGUAACGAAUGUCGAGGAAGAUACUCAUCUCUAUUACAACAGUACGAUCGUUACCAAUGAGACUAUUGGGAAGCAGCUAUGGGUCGAUAUGGACAAUCAUCCUGACGUCAAAGUCAAUGAUGUCCUCAGUCAGAGUUACAGAAGGGCUGCUACUGUCAAGCUCAAGUUCGACUUCCCCUUCUAUGGGCACAAGGUUCGCAAUAUCACCAUAGCUACCGGAGGCUUCCUCUACACCGGGGAGUAUGUGCACAGCUGGCUCGCAGCUACGCAGUACAUUGCACCGUUGAUGGCCAAUUUCGACACUAGACUCUCGAACGAGAGCUUCGUCAAGUAUGCCGAUAACGAAACUGCCUUUACCGUCGAGUGGGACAAGGUAAUACUCCAGGAUAAGCCAAAUGCCGGACCAUUCACGUUCCAGGCGACACUUCAUCAAAAUGGAGAUAUAGUCUUCGUCUAUUCGGUCGUUCCUCUAGUCGUCGAGAAUAUCGAGGAUACUGAACAUCCCGUCAAAGUCGGUCUCAGCGAUGCUUACAUAAUGGACAGAACCACCGCCUAUUCCAUUCGUAGAAAAAUAAUCUACGAGUAUCAUCGGGUCAACUUCAACAGACAGGAUAUACAGAACUGGACUGUCAUUUAUCUGCGUGCUCUGCCCACGUGUUUCGAAAUGGAUAACUGCAACGACUGCUUAACCAAAGUCACAGGAUUCGACUGUAAGUGGUGUCCGAAAUUGAAUAUGUGCAGCACCGGUACCUUCCGGCACAGACAGAACUGGCUUAAAAACGGCUGCGAGGUAAACAGCAUCGAACAGGAAAGCAGCUGCCGCGUUGAACCCAGCCAGCAAGCCAAGAAACGUAGUUCUCUUGAUCAUAGUGCACGUAGCAGCAUAGACAUGGGAGUCCCUGGGAUUAUUGGGAUCCUCAUCGUGAUCGCCCUGUUCGGCGGUCUCGGUGCUUGGGGUGCUUAUGCUUACCGCAAUCCUCACAGCACACCAGGACAGAUGCUCAUUAGAUAUCGACCGAGCCAGUGGAGUUGGCGAAGAGGCGAAGCUCGCUAUACCGCUGCAACAAUUCACAUGUGACGAGAAACGCAUAGCUGAAAGUCAAGUCAACUGACCACAAAUAUUUCUCGGACCAAACUUCCUACUAAGUGUAUACAGUACCAAGUCUGCAGUUGAUAUACUGAAUCUCCUCUACUACCUGGUUGCAGUCGCGCACGUUGCUUAAAGAACGAUUAAUCGUAAAUGUCUUUUCCGAGUCAGGUAUUUGUUAAGGCUCCAGUUUAACGAAGAGUAUAAUCCUACGUCGUGCGUUUUAUAGAAAUGCUCCCGGGUUAAUUAAUCGCAAUUAAACAAAACCGACAGUCGCGAAACUGACAUCACAUUUUCAAGUGAUACGUGUGUCGAACCUGGAUAAUAUGUAGAGCAUUCACCCUAGGCGCAAGCUGCGGUUAUAAAACGAUACAGUCUCUCAUUAAUGCGUACACAGUGGCUUUUCACUGGAAACGGGAAUAUAAUUUUAGAACUAGCCUUCUUGAAAUAAUUUUCGGUCGUCGAACUCUCAAACGCUACGCUGAUUGUUCAAUCGCUCGAAUAAUCAAGUCGAGCGAAUAACGUGAUUGACCCAGAUAUGUUUUUUAGAAUGAACUUAGUUGCUUCUUUUCUCUUGUUAAUCUUUCCAAAGACUGUUCUGUUGUAUUGUCACCUUCAAUUUUUAUUUCUUUACUUCCUCUUCUUUCUUUUACAGUCUACAAUCUAUUUGGAUAGUAGGGUUGUCGAGUGUCGGUGGUUUAAAUUACGAAAUUAAAGUAUGUAAUACUCAAAGGUCGGGCCACAUACAAGAAUAACUCGAGCAUAAUGAUGAUGAUAAUAGUAAUAAUAGGACGGAAUGUAUACUCAACUGAAAUUUAUGAAGAUUCACACAGUGCCUCUAACACGUUAAUAUGUCGGAGUGACGAAUGCGUCGAAAGGACGAACGAGAGAGCAUCCUCAAUGUGCUACUUUAUGAUGUCAAAUGACUUUGCAACUUAUGGCAUAUUUUUUUCAUUGCCCAUAAAAAGGAAUUUGUUAAUCGUUACACCAGUUACCAUCAUUCUUUAAUAUUAUAUGUGACUGUCACGACCAGAAAGUGUUUUUAAUGCAAAAUUUGUUUCAAAGGAACUAUUUGCUCGCUCGGAGGGGCGAGAGUGCUAUUCACAGUUUAGUUAAUUUUACUUGUUUAUAUUAUAUUUUAUGCAGUAUUCUGAUGUAAAAGCGAAUCCUAAAGGGAGAGGGAGGGGGGCAUCAAUCGGAAAACAUUUAGUGAUUCCAAUUAAAAAACCUUUUGAAUCCCUGUUGAAAUAUGGAGAUUGAUAAUCUGGUCUACAUCUCGUUAAUGGUUCCACUUCAGCUUAUACACAGGGAACACAAAGUAACAGUUAUAUAUGUCGGCAAUUAUAAUAAUUCCUGUUCAAUAUCGUAAUGGUUAUGAGGCACGUAUUGUAAAGUGACUGUUAUGUCUGUGGUUAGGAAUUUUGUAAUUACUGUUACGUCACUCUUGCUUUGCGUUUGACGGUUACCUAUUCUUUUUACUUUUCAUGACAUUCCAAACGAUUUUCUCUUUUUUCGUCCUUUUCAAUGCUCUUCUGAAUCUAGUGCUAACUAAAAUGCAAUAUAUAAAUACAGCGGGCUCCAAACGCUAAACCUUGUAAUGCGAUUUUUGAGGUUGUGUUGAAACAUACGUUAAGAAUGCUUAAGGCCGAUGCUGAAUUAUAUAAAGUGACUAAUGUGAUUGCGGAUUUAAUUUUUCAACACAUUGACUGUUACGUCGGCACCUAUUGUCCGGCGUAUGGCUUUUACAUAUCCAACAAAUUUCGCUCGGCAGUGAACGUGUUAAAAACAUUUCUAUUUUUAAAUUGUUCAUCUCUUCGAAAUUAAUUAAUUUACUUCUUCUUUUUCUGUUAGCUAUACCGAAAUAAAUCCAACGGUGCAUAAUUUCAUGUUAUUUGGACGGUCUUUUGGAGCUGACAGAUUUCAGAAUGGUUUUUGAAAAACUAUUUUUUUUUAUCGAAUAUGCCAUCAUAUUUUAUACUUGAUACAAUUUAACGUCAAUCUUGAUCACUUUUCACGUAUCUUUAAACGUGAACGGGAAAAACACGCAGAGUUUAACUGGGAUAGUUUGCAUGGACACUGACGCGAAUUGUAAUUUCGUCGUUCCGACUGGAUGUAUAAAUAAAUAAUGUAUAUGCAUAAUUUUAUAUAUAUAUACACAGAUUUAUACACCAACAAUAUUUUGUGAGGUAUUUUUUUUUUGUUUACGCAUCACAAGCACCGUCGCUGUAACACGUAGUAUGUAACAAAUAUAAUGGAAAUUUACAGUAGCUGAUCAAUAACAUUAUAUCUUGAAUGUAUAUAGUAGUAUUUUAAUACAACAUAAUUUUUGUGUAAUUUUAGUAAGCGAAUAUAUAUAAUGUUGAGAAGAGGUGCCUUCAAUGAAAAAUUUUAUCUCGACGUCUUUUUACACUUGUUUUUAAUUCUGUUACCGAAUUUAUGAAAUUUGUACAUUUAAACGGAGCAAUGAUGUAUGGCGCAAUUGAGAAAUAAUUGGACGCAAUUACGGGGCGACUGACAUAAUAGUUUUUAUAAAUGGUGUGAAAUGUCACUGUUGGACGUGAUGCUUAUCGUUUUAAGGGAGUGUCGUACUAAUUCUGUUAUAAUAUAAAGAACGAGGCGUUUAUGAAGUGGACAGGAGAAAUUUAGAAAGCCUCGAUAAGCUUCUAUCUAUUACUGAUGUCUACAGUUUAAUUAAUAAUUUGUGAUAAUAAAUAUUUUAAUUAAUAUAA